AUGAUAAAUUAUACAACACAAGCCUGUAUGAAAUCUUGUUAUCAGAAACGUUUAAUUCAGGAUUGUAAUUGUGUGGAUCCAAGUUUUGUCACUCGUGAUGAUAUUCGCACAUUCUACGCUACAGGUGAUAGUCAACCAACUGCAUGCGAUGUUACACUACAAAUGCAAUUUGAUUGUGUUAGAAGAUCAAUGGAAAAUUCGACUAAGAGUGGCUUCUGUGAGAAAGAAUGUCCACAACCAUGUCACGAACAGGGUUACAUAUCACGUGUAACCACAUCAUUAUGGCCUCGUACAAGUUAUUAUAAUCGUAUCAAAGAUCUCUGGGAACGACAAUUUCCAUCCAUGGAAACAAUACGUGAAGCACGUGAAGCUAGAACUAAUUUAGCAAAACUUGAAGUAUAUUAUGAAGAACUGAAUUAUGAAUCAGUAGUCGAAUCACCAUCACAGGAUGUUUGGGAUCUUUUGUCAAAUAUUGGCGGUACCUUGGGUCUCUAUGUCGGUAUGUCUUUUCUGACAAUUGGUGAAUUUAUCGAACUGUUCUUCAGAUGUAUCGCACUUCCACACAAAAGAAUUUACAGUGUUUAAGUUCUUCUGCUGAACGAUUGUAAAAAUUUGCUUAUUCAGCUAAUAAAUGAGGUAAAAAUUCUGAAUUUGU